AUGCGACCGAAAAGCUCCACCAAAUUGGAAAAAUUGCAUGAAUUUGCUAAAAAGGGUACACACCAUAAUUCAUGGAUCGGAAAAUGCAUCGCAACCCGAGACACUCUAGCAAAUACUCAGGCCGAUUUGAUGUUUUACAGUGGAGAGGUGAUCACUAUCCUGAAGCACCUUAAAGACGAUGUCUAUCUCGGGUACUGCGAAGGUGUGAUUGGUCGGUUUCAUGGAAAGGAUGUAUCAUUCAACUAUGGGCAAUCGGAUACGCAGAAAUCUGAUGGCCGCAUUACUUCAGUUUCUCCUGAUAUAUCUACAUCAGAUGACGGGGAUAAAGGUUCGCAGGGAGCUCCUCAUAUUGUCAACUUUCUUAGCCCCUCGGAUGCCGAGCGCGCAAUUCAGAUGAGGUCGAGAUCCUCAUCAAUAUCAUCUCUUGAACUAGAUUCUGAAAAGAACACUCCGUCCACAUCGGUUCCAUCAUCACCCGUGCUGACGCCUGCAAUUAACAUCACUCCAAGUUCCACAUAUGAUGAUGUUAGUAUUACUCCCCCAACGUUGUCUGAACAUUUGCAUAACAAGGACGUUCAAAAUUCAUCAUCAUCAUUUAAUAGUAAUCCCGAUAAAUCACAAACAUCUCAACGCGAAACACCUCAAAUUUCAAAUGAUCAAUUGUCACUAUCAAAUCGAGCACAAAGUGAUUCCCCCUUGUCAUUAAAUAAUCGACCAGCAAUCUCGUUCCAUAGUCAAAAUGUUUUCCCCUCAUCAAGUAAUCAGAUAAGAAAAAUGUCAUCUCCAUUUCCGUCGUCAACCCGACUUAGCCAACUGGCGAUUACAAAGCGGAACAAUUCCGCACCCCCAUUGACCAAUGAUGAUGAGACCGGCUCAAAAGCAUUACCCCACGAUAACUCCGAAUCAAGUGCACUUCCAUUAAAGCAAAAGUCGGAGCCUUCGAUCUCCGAUGAUCAAAUUCGGCCGGCACAAUCGAAUAACAUAGUUCAAAUAUCCGACGGACAUGCACCCGCUACUUUAAGAUCGAAAUACAAUCCCGGUGUGGGGGGUAUCGUCGAUUCACCGACUUCUUCUCCGAAUUCAUCUCCCCGUGUUAGCAGCGAUAUAUCAGCGACAACGCCCAACGAAUCACCGAAUUCCGUUCAACUUAAAGGAAGAUCUCGGGCGGUUAAUCAAGAAAGCGGGUCACGUCCGGUCCACAGCAGGCAACCUUCGGCAUCGAACAUGGCCGGCACUUUGCCGAGGCCUUCCUUACGCACGGAAAAUUCAAAAAUCGGUGGUACUCAUUCCAACCAUUCGCCCGUCUAUUCGACACCCCUACGCACCUUUGGGCAAUCACAAUUGAGCCCGGUUAUAUCGGAAUUUUCACUGAUUAUACCCCCACAGCGUAAAAGUUCCAUUGGUUUGCCCAGCGAAUUAUCAUCCGUUAGCUCACGCCCGCAGGUGAUGAAUUUUAACGAUCGAUGUUCACCCUCCACCACCCCCCUACCUUCACCUGUAUCGCAAAAAUCAAGGUUCCCCUCUGAUUUGUCGGGUACGAUCAAAGCAAAUCAAGUCGUUAUGAAAAAUCAAUCGUCACCGCCUGCGCCUUGCGUGCCUCAAAUAUUUGUCGGAAAUGAAGACAUCAUGGACAAUGAUUCUUCUUCUGCAGACAAAUCCACAUCAACUGUUCCUCUCGUAUCAAUUGAUCAAGAGCCGCCCAUGCCAACCUUCAUGAUAGAGGCUGCUAACGAUACAGACGAUUUCAGCUCCGAGGAUGAAGAUGAGGAACCCGUAAAAUCGGAAGAUAUACCAUCGUCACAAUCUAAAAAAGACAAGGUUCUUGCUGUUGAUGAAUACGGAUUUGUGCAUGACGUGGCUGAAAAGGAGGGCGCUGAUGGCAUCCAAAAAAUUAUAAAAACCCCUGGACGCUCGGAAAAGAAUUCGCGUACUAUCCGCCUAUACCGGGAACGUGAAUCUAAAUGGGUUUACUUCCUGGGAAACAUGGACCCUGCGCUAGCGAAAGAGUCCAAGAAGAUCAAGAAAUUGGUUCGCCUUGGUAUCCCAGAAUCUGUCCGUGGAAAAUCUUGGCAACUCAUGGCUGGUGUUCAUAAAUAUCGGAAGGCGGGAGUUUAUGAAGUAAGGUUUUCAGUUACUUACCAACUAUGUAAACGAGAAAAGCUUCCAAUAUAUGAUGUGAUAGAGAGAGAUAUUAGUCGAU